AGAAAGAGAAGGAUAGAAAUGAAAGAGGGAGAUAGAGAGAGAAAGAAGGAGAGAAAGAGGAAAGAAAACGAGAAAGAGAGUGAGAGACAAAGAGAGAAAAGAGAGAGAGAGAGAGAGAAAAUGGAAUUUCUCUAUUUCACAUGUCCUCACUUUCUUCAUUACAGAUUAAUAAACCUAUUGAAGGAUUCGGACGAACUCCUUUAAUGUUUGCCUGUUAUAAGGGCGCCGAUAGAAGAAUCAUCGACAUUUUGAUAGACGCAGGAAGCCAGAUCGAAGAGAAAGACAGAUGGGGUUUUACAGCUUUGCAUUGGGCUGUGUUGAGGAAGCACCUUCAAACUGUGGAGCUAUUACUCUCUCGGGGCAGCAAUAUCAACGAGAAGACCAACCGCGGAUAUACUCCUCUCCAUUUGGCUGCAAAUUCAUCUCCGGAAUGGACAGAUGGUGUGAAAGCUAUAAUGAACCGGAGCGCUGUUGAGGUUAAUCCUCGAAAUGAAGAUGGUCGAACACCGCUGCACUUGGCCUGUUGGAGGGGACACUUGCACACUGUCGAUCUUUUGUUGGGUCACAAUGGCAUCGAUGCCAAUGUGGUUGACAACGAUGGAGACACACCACUGCAUGAGGCAGUUCGUAUGUGUCGACUGCAAGCUGUGGAGCUAUUACUCUCUCGGGGCUGCAAUGUCAACGAGAAGACCAAACGCGGAUAUACUCCUCUCCAUUUGGCUGCAAAUUCAUCUCCGGAAUGGACAGAUGGUGUGAAAUCUAUAAUGAACCAGAGCGCUGUUGAGGUAAUCCUCGAGAUGACUAUGGUCGAACACCGCUGCACUGGGCCUGUUCACGGGGACACUUGCACAUUGUCGACAUUUUGUUGGGUCACAAUGGCAUCGAUGCCAAUGUUGUGGACAACGAUGGAGACACACCACUGCAUGUGGCAGUUCGGGCGCGAAACAAUGAAUUGGUGUCUCUCUGCUGAACCAG